UUCCUCUCCGGGGCGGAGGAAAGCCGAGUGGCGGGGGAAGGAAGAGCGGCAGGCGGCCAAUCGGCACGGCGGCGCUUGCGCAGUGCUGGGGUGACGGUGGCGCGCGGGACGUACGGAAAAGGAUCCGGGCGCGGAAGUGGAGGGCCGCCUGGCCAGCGCGCAGGUGGAUGCAAUGGACGAUGACUUCACGGCUUCUUCUACACCCCCAUUUCUCACUGAAAGCUUGGAGAUGGCAAUGGAAAUGGAGAAUGAGAACUCAAAGCCGCCUUGUUUUUCCUGUGCUUUUGACAACCAGAAUGGAGGGAGAAGCUUUUCUGCAGAGUCUUAUUUAGCAAGUGGGUCUCUUAAGAGGGUUUUGCUGAGACUAGAUCCUUCUCCAAAUGAUUAUGAAGAUGAUGUAGUAGAGUUGUUUGGCUUUCAGUGGGUUACUGAAAUGGCAUUAGUUGAAUCCUGUGGAUUUCUCUUUGGAUUACUUAGGCAACAGAUAUACACACUGGAAGACUUAGUACAAACGAGUUCUUCUGAUUUUGGUCGAGCUGCAAACUUGCACUCUGAAGCAGAGAGCAUCAGGCAUCGAUGUACUCAGUUUUUGAAUUAUGUGAAAGUUUUCAUCUUCAGGUAUCUGGAACCCCCUAAAGAGGAAAAGGAUGGAAUGCUCCAUCCAUAUGAAGAACUAGAAGCGCAGUUACCAUCAACACUGGUGGAGGAGCUUCAUGCUUUGAUCAUGCACAUUGGUCACCUUUGUGAACUCCCUAGUAGUGUCUUGGCAGCAUUUACUAUUCAACAUCAGGCAAAGCUCUUUCCCCCAUCGUGGCAUUUACUACAUCUCUACUUGGAUAUUUAUUGGAUACUAUUGGAAGUUCUUCAUGUACUAGAUGAAAAAAUGAUGAGACAAGUUGUAUAUGCUAACAAUUUCAUAAAUGUGACGGGGGAGAAUUUAACCAGUAUCAGUUUAUUUGAAACACACUGUGGAAAUCUCAUAUCUGAUCUAAUCAGCUUGUCCAUCAACAAGUAUAUGAAGGUGAGACCUUCUGAGGCUCUAAUUAGUCACCAUUAUCCCUGUACCUGCAUUAAAGAAUUAUGGGUUCUACUUAUUCAGCUGCUGGACCAUAGAAAUAGAGGGUCUCACACAGAGAGUUUCUGGAGCUUGGUGAACAGAACUCUAAAGAAUAUCUUUGAAAGGCCGAGUAGUUCUGAAAGCAUGUCUGGUUUUGAAAUGGUUCAGUGUAAAGACCCACUGAGUUUUAGCUGGUGGAUUAUUAGUCAUCUGGCCUCACUCUACCAGUUUGACCGUAAUGGAAACCUAGAUGAAAAGAAACAGAAGGAAUCCAACUGGAAAUUUGUGGAAGAACUCCUUAAAAAAUCCACUGAUGCUCAAACUGGUGUGUUAGAGGAACACUUAAGAAUGCAUCUUCAGUGCUGUUUAACUUUGUGUAGUUCCUGGGACUUGAACCUCUCUAUUGUCACCAUACUCUGGGAUUAUUACAGCAAGAACCUGAACAGUUGCUUUACUGUUCCUUGGCUUGGUCUGAAGGGUCUGGCAAGCGUUAGUAAAACUUCUUUAUUAAUGUUUGAGUUGGCGAAAAGCUGCUGUUGUAAACAGCAGGUCCACACCCUGUACAUGUCCAGCAACAGUUACUUCAUUUUUCUCUGUAUUUUGGCACGGAUGAUGAAGGAAGCAGAGAACAAUGGCAUGCAUCCUUGGAAACAAAUUAAAGGACGGAUUUAUUCCAAGUUCCAUCGGAGAAGAAUGCAGGAGCUGACAGAAGUGGGGCUGCAGAACUUCUUUAACCUGUUCCUCAUGCUGGCAAUUGUUGCAGAAACAGAGGAUAUAGUGAGUCGAGUGUUGGAUCUUUUGGAUUUCCUGACUCCAUCCUCCCUCACUGUGUCUCAAAGAGCUCUCAUCUGGAGAGGUCAUUUUGCUUUCAUUUUGAUUUAUGUUGAGAAGAACAUGGACAUUAGUGUUCUAGCUGAGAAGCUCUCAAAUGCUUUCCGUGAGAAGGCAAAGGAGUUCUUAGUAACCAAAAAUGACUACACACAGAAACAAAAUCUCUGGACUGUACUUUCUACCUAUGUCGAUGGUGUGCAAGAAGUGUUUGAGACCAGCUGCUACUUAAGCCUUUCUGAGGAAAAGUUGUUAAAUGAUGGCUUUACUAUGCUGCUGCCUGCUUGUCGAGGAGCUGAACUGAGUAUGGUCCUAAAUUUUCUUCAGGUUGUUCUAGACAGACUUCGGAGUGUGCACAAACGUGUAAGCCAGGGACUUCAACUAGGGACUACGGCUGCAGACGCACAGCUUCCAUUAGUGGCUAAAGAGCACCACCUUGCUGUCGCCAGUGCUCUCUGGAGAAAUUUCUUUCCCUACUUGAAGAGCCAGAGAAUGUCACAGAUGCCACCUUCCCCACAGCUUGCUGAUACAGCUGCAGGUUUUACUCUCUUAGCUUUGGAUAUACCCAGCAAAGCCCUAUCAGAUCUCCAGCCGCAGCCCGUUCUAUCAAUGAUGCAGCUGUUUGGAUGGGAUGACAUGGUGUGGCCUCAGCUGGUGUCAAGAUAUCUAAGUCACCUAAUUCAAAACAGUGCACUGUGUGAAGCUUUUUCUAGUAUGGGAUAUACAUCCUAUGAAGCUUUGACAGUACGUUCUUGGUUUCGAUGCGUUUUGCAAAUGUUCAUAGAUCAACCAAGUGGUAUGCUGGCCAAGACAGAUGCUGAGCGAACAGUUGGGAAAGCCUAUACGGAGCAGCUGACUGAAAUGACAAGACUGAUCUCCAAGCUCUCAGAAGUACAAAACAUUCUUUCAAAGGGUCAUGUAGAAGAGUCAGUUUUCAAGCAAGACCCUAAAAAUGCUCUUGUACAAUUCAUUAAGGCUGUUGGUAGAACUUACAGCAGCCUUCAGACACUCCCUGAGAAAUCUGCCAUGGUAGCAAAGACUCUGGAGUAUUUAGGUGAUGUAUUAAAGAAUGUAAAACCUUACCUGAAAGUAAAAGGACCUCCGGAAGGUCUGCAGCUUACAUAUUGGAUCGUAGGUUGUCUGGUAAAGUUCUGGGCACCAAUACUGGCUACUUCCAAAGCGCAGCAACUCUUGUUCCGCAUUGUGGAUUGCUUACUGCUGCCACACUCUGUGCUCCAGCAGGACAAAGAGCUGCCUGUGGCUUUGCUGUCUUCCAUUCAGGAAAGCCUACCUCUUUAUCUUCAGGGUCUGUCUUUUAUAUGCUGCCAGUCCCAAACACAGGGUGCCUAUUUAAAUCAACUGCUUGGGAGCAUUAUUCAGCAUUAUUUUGGACGAUUUCUCCCUUCCUCUCCGUCUGUGUUUGGAGCCAACCAGCAUCCAAUGCUGACUGCUUUAUGCAGUUCCCUUACAGCUGCCCAGAUGCUCCGUCUACGGAAGACCACUCUGCAUGUCAUAAAUGAAAACUGCUUGCAGUUCAAAGGCAACGCUCCACCUCCACGCUUGGCCUCAGUUCUUGCUUUCAUUCUUGAUGUACUUAAGAGAACCCAGAGCAUUGAGCUAUGUGACAUUGACUUAGUUCUCCCGGCUGUGUUGAAAUGCUUGGUGCUGGUUAAUGAGCUACAAGUUAAAAAACUAUCUACUGACAUUGUACAGUACAUGGUAGAAGGCUGCCAAGCAGGGUCAGGAGGAGAGCAUGCCACCCAGCUGACUUCUGUAUUUAGGCAGUUUAUCCAGGACUAUACUGCUGUGUAUGAUCACCGGGUUUUCAGCAUACUAGAAACAGUGGCAGUCUUGGAUCAGACAUUAGUUACCAGCCUGACUCCCACAAUCACACAGUCUCUGAAGGAUUCAGAGCACAAACAAGGUCUUGGAAGAAAUACUGCACAGAGAGAAGCCUAUAAGAGACUCUUAUCUUACCUCACAGAGGCUGGACAAAAUGAGAUACAAAAACUAGAUGAUGAUACAAGUUAGCAGUGUGCUGGUGACUAAUCCUUUCCUCUUCAACGUUCUGACGCUGUCAAUACCUAAAACUACACUCUAUGACACACUAGCCAAGUCCUUUAUCGUUACAAUGGCAACAUAUUUAUCAAUUCUGUUGGUUUUCCCUCCCAGGUUAUGUAUUAAUUUUCAUAAUUUUAGUGUUAUUUGAAUGUUGUCAUGCAUCUGAAGAGGAACUCUCAAUAUACUAUUGAGUGGUAAUUGAAAGAUACAGGAAAUUUAUUACAUGUUAAAAUGUCUAUAUAAGCAGAGCCUGUAUUGCAACACAUGAGAAUCAAAGUAUUUUCACAACUCAAUUCACAUUGAGUGUGACCUGACCCUCUUGAAACUGUACUUUUGAAAAUCUGAUUCAGUAUGUUCUUAAAGAAAUCAUAAAUUUGUAAUUUCUAAUUUAUUAUUUUAGUAGAAUGAGAAACAACAGUGGUCUCUAGUACUGAACUUGUGGAAUGCAGUACAUUCACCUGGAGUUGCACCAGUAUGAUAGAGCUGUUGUUUGUUAAGAGAAGGCUUGUGUAUAUGUUGCACAAAAUGUAUAUAGCUGUCUUAUGCUUCCACCUGUAUUAAAACAUUAAAGUCUUUCAGAUUCCAGUGUAAAA